ACAGAUAGGCCGACUGUCAACAUCUCUGAGAAGCACUGCCGACUGAGUGGACUGUGGGGCUGUGGCUGUGGGCUUCGCCGAUUCCGAGUACAAAUCUCCGUUGAGCUCGAGGCUCAACCUUAUUUCUUCGAGAAUGUCCUCAUACUACUUCGUGAUAGUGGCCCUACAGGACAAUCCGAUUUUCGAGAUGGAAUUCCAGGCGAAGGGCGAGAAGAGAGAAGAUAAUGGUCGUUACUUGAAUCAGUUCGUAGCGCAUGCCGCCUUGGAUCUCGUGGACCUCCAUGCCCAGCAAAAUCCGUCGAUGUACCUGAAAGCCGUCGACAAAUUCAACCAAUGGAACGUGUCAGCAUUCGUCACGGCCAGCAAAAUGCGCUUCCUCAUGCUGCACAACGUCAAGAACGACGACGGGAUUAAAAUGUUCUUCCAAGAAAUGUACGAGAUCUAUACGAAGCACGCCUUGAAUCCGUUCUAUACUCACAACACGGAGAUCAAAUCACCGGCUUUCGAGAAAAAAGCGCAGGGUUUGGCGAAGCGAUAUCUGCUGGGCUAAUGUUGCUCUGAUUUCUUCUUCGGAGGAAUCUUUCCUUAUUCCCUUCGGAUGGGGAGCAUUUUACACCCUUGUAAAGAUAGUCUGUAUAUAUUCUAAGUCAUCGUUGAGAGAAAUCAAUAAACAUGAGCUUCUCCGUU